GACGCCGGCCUCUGACGCCGUCGUCGCCCCGGCGCCGCGUCCCGCCCUGGCCGCUCCCGCGGACCGUUGGGCGGCCUGCCCAAGUCCCUCCUUCGGGACCUCCCCCCGCCCCUGAACCGCUCUCGCGGCAGCGACCCAUGUGGGAGUUCAGGCUCCUGCGGUCGCCGGCGCCGCUGCUGCUCCUCCUGCCGCAGCUCAGCCUCGGAAUCGCCGCGUCCCGUUCGCAGGCCGAAACCAUGAACCUGGGCGGCGGUGGCGGCGCGCGGUGCUCCUCCUCGGCGGAGGGGCGCCGGCCUCAGUGCCUGCAGCUGUCCACGGUGCCGGGAGCUGACCCGCAGCGCAGCAACGAGUUGCUCCUGCUGGCGGCGGAGACGGCGGGGGAGGGACCGGAACGGCGCGCCCUGUCUGGGGAGCGGGCGAAGGAGGAGCCGCAGCCAGCGCCCCAGCAUCACGUACUCUAUUUCCCCGGGGAUGUGCAGAAUUACCAUGAAAUUAUGACUCGCCAUCCUGAGAAUUAUCAGUGGGAAAACUGGAGUCUAGAAAAUGUUGCCACCAUUUUAGCCCACCGGUUCCCCAAUAGUUAUAUUUGGGUGAUAAAGUGUUCCCGAAUGCAUUUGCACAAAUUCAGCUGCUAUGACAAUUUUGUGAAAAGUAAUAUGUUUGGUGCUCCAGAACACAAUACUGACUUUGGAGCUUUUAAGCACCUUUAUAUGUUAUUAGUUAAUGCUUUUAACUUAAGUCAGAACAGUUUGUUAUCAAAGAAGAAUGUGAAAGAUUUGAAUAAGGACUCCAGAGCAUCUAAUUGCAGAUCCAGUUCUUCUCACACUACUAAUGGUUGCCAGGGAGAAAAAGAGAGGACCUGUGAAAAAUCUGAUGAGUCCACCGUAAGUUUUUACCCACCAUCACUAAAUGGUGCUUCUUUUACUUUGAUUGGAUUCAGUAAAGGUUGUGUUGUUUUGAAUCAAUUGCUUUUUGAAUUAAAAGAAGCCAAGAAAGACAAGAACAUAGAUGCUUUUAUCAAAAGCAUAAGAACAAUGUACUGGCUGGAUGGCGGUCAUUCUGGAGGAAGCAAUACUUGGGUUACUUAUCCAGAAGUCUUGAAAGAAUUUGCACAAACAGGGAUUAUUGUUCAUACCCAUGUAACACCUUACCAAGUAUGUGAUCCAAUGAGAUCUUGGAUUGGAAAGGAGCACAAAAAAUUUGUUCAGAUUCUUGGAGAUUUUGGUAUGCAGGUGACUAGCCAAAUUCAUUUUGCAAAGGAAGCUCCUUCCAUAGAGAAUCACUUCAGGGUUCAUGAAGUAUUUUGAGACUACAAGAAUAUUAAUGUAUGUGUUCAGUGGAAGAGCAAAAGCACUUUGGGUGUUAUAAAUUCAGAUAAUGAGAUAUAAUUCAUAGAUGCACUGUCAGUUUUUUUGGGGAGGGGGCGGGGGGAGGAAGCACACAUUCCUAAAAUGAGUGUAAUGUGCAAUAGUAUUCCUUGCUUGUGAAUGUGAACAGUUUUUACUUCAGAAUGGGUUAGAAGUAAUUCAUUUGCAAAGUAAAAGAUGUUUGUGAUGAUCCUAAAAGGAGGAUCAUCCUUAAGAAUGAAAGUUACGAUAUAGUCCUUAGAAAAGGUAAUGAAAGUUGUUAUUGUUGGAAGUAGUUUAUUUUCUGAGUACUGUUUGGAACUAAUUUUGGUGACACUAACAGUAAUUAGUUAUUUGGCACUCAAAACUCCCCAUUUCUCAUCAAAUAGAGCAAAGGCACACUGAUGUUUUCCAUAAUUUUAGAAUUAACUAUACCCUGCCUCUUAUAUUUUAUCAACUCCUAGUCAUUCUUUAAUGUGCCAUCAAGAGUUUUUUUCUUAGGAGUCAAAAUAUAUUUGUUUCCAAAUUUCCAAGAACAUGCAGUAGUGUAUAGUAGGUUUUUAAAAUCAUUACACUUAAGGACUAUGGCUUAAUUUUUGACAACUUUUAGAUAUUUUGGAUUUCUUGACUCUUGGCCAAAAACCAGUUCUUUUGAAAAAGUGUUUUAAAUUGAAUGUAAUUAGGUAUAUUGGGUAAAAAUAACGCUACAGAUUUUUAUCAAAUUGGUCUUUUGAAAGAGAUCAGCUUAGGUGAAAUAAAUGUGUAACACUUUAUUUGUUACUGCUCUAUUGAAAAGGAGACAGAUUCUAUAGAUCUAAGUCAGUGUUUCUCCAGAAGCAUGAUUUUAUCUGCCAAAAGAAAGCAGCUCUCUUUGGCCAAAAUGCAAAAUUAUAUUGCUAUAAGAAAAGUUACAGGCAAAGUUUGAAGACACAAAUGAUUUAAUUUUGGCUCAAAAACUGAAUUUGCUUAACACUGCUACAUAAUUUGGGUGAGGUUUCCUUCUGCUUGUUUUUCUUGACCUAGAUAAAUACAUUUUGAGAAACCAAGAUCUAAUGAAUAUCAACCAACAUUAAUAGCUGUGUGAUUACAAUAAAAGGUAAACACUUUAUUAAUAAUAAUUAGCUUUUGCAGGUCAUGAAAUAAUUAAGCAGGGAAGUAACAUUGCUGCUUUCAGACUGAAAAAAAAAAAAAAGACACUGAAGCUUAAUAUCUUAAUAACCCAGAGGACCUAAAUUUAUAAAAUAUAGAAUUAAAAUGUUAAUCUCUUGGUUUCUUCCCAGAAUUAUAUUUUAAUGACUCUAUAAUACAUUCCAAAUAUUCAGACUUAUAAGAAUUCUUACUCACCAAAUGCUUAAAAAUAACAACCCUUAAUUCUAUAAAGUACAGAAUAGUAUCUCUCAAUUUUUUUAAGGACAAGUUAGUUUAUAUUGCUUCAGUUUCUUUAAAUACCUGUUUCUUUUGAGACCAAAAAUUCCCAACAAGGAGACAAAUCCUGAUGCUAGCUAGCAUUUUAUUACCUAAACCUAAAGUACCAUGCCUGGAUGGCUUCUUUCACUGUUUAAUAAUCCUUGGUUAAAUUCAUGUGAAUCUAAUGUUAAAUAGCUAAGGUAGUGAAUGCACUAAUGGGGGGAAGGCAGGAAAGGCACUUAUUUUUAUAGGAUUAACUAAAAUGGAAGAAGUAGGACUUUUUGCAGAAGAGUUCACUGAAAAAAUCUGAGGUAUUUAAAAAUCUGCGUUCUUUAGCUAUCUUGUCAUGUGACUGCUUACUUACAUUUGUCUGUCCAAUGGAUAUGAAGAAUAACUCACUGGACACCUGGAACCGCCACUGCGGCAAAGUGAGAGUGUUGAAAGUAGAAGUCUUUUCUUGAAUGAAAAUAUAUUCCAGCUGAUCCAUCUUCAAAUAGUUUAAGACUUCAAAUUUGUCUUCUCUACAUUUGUUUAAAACUAUUGUAAAUGUUAGUGUAUCCUUCUGGACUGUGCCUUUGUGUUUGUGUCAAGAGAGUCAACUAAGUCCUACAGAUAAUGUGAAAGUUGUUACCGCCACAGCAUGAAUGUACAAUUGUAUUAAAUUUAAUCCGGAGAAGUCUGUUUGGAUGUGCUUUAUGUUACCAGAUUUGUUAAAACUUCAGAUUGUUACUUGGAAGGAAGCUAUUUCUUUCCACUUUGCCAGUUUAGGUUUAUGUAUGUUUUCAUUAACCCUCCAUGUUUUUUCAUAUGAGCAACUUUGAACCUUCCCUUGUAAAAAUACAUUUCUUCUCACCUUUAAAUUGUCCCACAAAAAUUCACUUUAUUUCCAUUUCUUCUUUUAAAUUUCUUGGGAGAAAAAAAAAUUGCUCAAAAAUAAGUUUUUUCCUUUUAUGUGCUAAUCCUUUCAGGUAUCUGUAUUCCUUUUGCUGUCAUUAAGAGACUUAGUUAGAAUAUGGUGUGGUCUGUUUUUCAUUUCAUUCAUCUAAUAUCUAAGCACCUACCAAAGGUAAGAAAGAUCUAGACACAGACAAAACAGUCCCAAGCAUUUGAGUAUAGAAAUGUGUAAUAGACUAAGGCUUAAAAGAACUAUUCUGUUAGACUUCAUUAAAGGCUUUUAAGAGAAACAUGUUUUAAAGGAUAAGAUAUAUAAAUAGACCUUAUCUGUAAAUUCAGGUUGGUCUUUACAAAGGCAGAGACCCAGCAGCUCUUAGUGGUAGAGAUGUGCGGUCACUUAAGGAUGGUCAUUUUAGUAUCCCAUUUAAUGGAAUUAAAAAAAAAAAAGAAUACAACUUAGGUGUAUUUAAAACACCCAAAUAGUCAUGGACUACAUGCUUGAAAUAAGACUUUAAGGUGGUAUGAGGGAUAUGUGGGUGACUGCCAAUCUACGUUAGUUCCUCCUCACUGCAUUUUAGCACUGGAGGAAGGAGUCACAGCAGCACAGUUCCAACUCCAUCCAGACCUGCAUUCCAGCUUUCUGUGGGUUCCUUUUUUUUUUUUUUUUUGGUCAACUUCUUAGAUGUCUGUUGGCAACUUUAGAUAGGUGAGAGAAAAGACUCCCUACUAGACUCCCUACUAAGGUUCUUUCCAAAUGUUCACAUAGCUGCUGUUCAAAAGGAUGGAAAGAUACAAAAUAAGCCUUGUUGACUUUAUUUCCCUUUUUAAAAAUACUUUAUGAGUGACAAAUUUUAAACUAAUUACAGAAUAAAUAGAAUUUCAGUGUAAUUAUAUGCCAAGACACUUAAUGUUCAUGAAAAACUUUUAUAGUCUACACAUGUAUUUUAAAGUUAUCUUGAAAGAAUGAUACAUAGAGGGACC